AUGAUCAAAAUCGACUCAAAAGAUGCUGGUAGUUGUAUACAGUGUAAUUCUCACCGCCCAAGCAAUGAAGACUUCAAAUCCGGUAUUGCGAAAGAAACACUCGACCAGCCAUUUGAUGUCACUCUUGUGGCUGAAGACGUCGAAUUCAAGGCUCACAAGCAAAUUCUUUCCAAAGCAAGUCCCUUCUUUGAAAAGCUGCUUAACAGCGAAAUGAAAGAGUCUAAGGAAGGAGUGAUUCGCUUGGAGAUGUUCACUGAGGCUGUUAUGAGAAACACGCUGAAGUUUAUCUAUAGUGGUCAGGUAGAGAUCGAAGCUGAAGAAGCUCGAGAGAUGAUUGCCAUGGCCGACUUUCUGUUUCUUCACGACUUGAAAGCUCUCGCAGAGGGAGUUUUAGCCCCAAAACUAGAGCUGAAUAUCUCAAAUUGUCUUUCAAACUAUUAUUUUUUCGAGAGAUAUCAGAGUGAGCAACUUUCGUCCAUGAGCAAAAAGUUUGUUCUCAAAAAUUUUAGCACCAUCUCCAAAACAGAUGCGUUCUUGAAUUUGUCGAGCAAAGAAAUCGAAAUGUGGAUUUCAGAAGACGAAAUUGAUGUAAAUGCUGAGAAAGAUGUGUUUGAAAUAAUUUUAGCUUGGAUAAAGCGGGACAGAAGAAGAAGAAAUAACUGCUUUGCAGAGCUCUUUUCUCGCGUUCGCCUUGUUUACGUUUCGCGUGACUUUCUCUGCAACAAUAUUGUGACUGAUGACCUGGUAAAGGACAAUGGAUGUUUAGGUCUUGUUGAAGAGGCUCUGAAAUUGAUUGACUCGGAGGACUUCGACAAUCCAUUAAUCGCUCGACCAAGAAGGUCCCUUGAGACGUCUGUACUGCUUUGCUAUGGGAGCAAAGAUGUUGUGUGCUAUUUUCCUCAAGAACAUAAGUGGUGCAGAAUGGGAGAGAUGCCUCCUAAAUACAUCAGAAAUGGCCCUGUUUUCUCUUGUCAUGGAAAACUGUAUGGGACUGUUCUAGAAUCAGUUGCCUCAAAUGAGCAAUACUGGAAACAUGUAUGCUAUAAUCCAUAUGGCAACAGCUGGGUGCAACUACCCUCCAUAGAGGAAAAUAGAUAUAUGCGUCAAAUAUUUAUUAAAGAUGAAGAUGAAAUUUAUGCCUUGGAAGCAGAACCGUGCACCAAUAGAGCCAAGCAUUUUGAUGAUUUUUGUCGAUUGCAUGCCCGCCGCUUGUUUUGCGAUGAGGAAAAACAUAUUUUCUCCAUCACUAAGUACAAACCAGAUUCAAAUUCAUGGGAAUUGAUAGGAAAACUGAAUCAUUUGCAUUCUAGAGAGGACAUGUGCAUUGUGGCUCAUGAUGACUUUGUAUAUUUUAUUGGUGGUAUAAAAUGGCAACAAGGGAACAAAUGCACACUUGUGAGUGAUGUUGAAAGGUACCACCUUGGAAAACAGCAAUGGGACAAAAUUCCAAACACCCAAGUAGUCCGAGAUUGGACGUAUGGUGCUGCAGUAGGUGGAAAGAUCUUCAUUGCUGGUGGAAUAAAUGCUGGAGAAACCAUUCAGCCUUGUGAAGUGUAUAAUCCAGAAACAAAUGAGUGGCAGUUUAUUGCAAGUUUUAAAUGUCUUGAUUUCAGACCAAAAGAUUUGAGAAAUCUUUUGUCUAUUGAUGGAAAUCUGUAUGCGUUGCUCCUUGUGAGUGUGGGCAAAUCAGGUUGUACGAUCAAAGAUUUACGCUUGAAAAUUGAAGGUUAUGACCCAGAGGAAGAUAAAUGGAGCUUAAAAACUGAAAUAGCCAUUUCUGUUUGCAAUCACACCUUCAUAAAUGCAUGUUCUGUAAGGGUUUUCAAAGGUUUCCUUGAUAGCCGUCUUUUGGAAAGCUGUGUUCCAGACUUUGUCACCAAAUCUACAAUGUCAUGUGGCUAUGACAAAAGGAAAUGCCUUGUUAUGUGA